CUUACCCCACUAGGAAAAAGGAUUUAGUUAAUAGAGACACAGUCCUAUAAUUUACUGCAUUUUGUUUCAACAUGCAUCGUUCUGAUUCACAUUGCUUGUGAACAGAUAAGUUGUGACCUUGAGUAGUGGGUCCUGGCAUUCAACUGACUUGUUUGCAUGGACGUACCUUGAAAAAUUAAUUCUGAAUUUUUUCCACUGGAUGCUAUGAUCGUUUCACCAUUGACAUUUCUUUUUGUUUUGUUUCUUAGAGAAAGCCAGUAGUUCUGACAGGAAUGGAACUGGGCCCUUGCACAACCAAAUGGACAGUAGAUUACUUGAGCCAAGCUGAAGGAUCUAAAGAAGUAAAGAUUCAUGUUUCCACAGUGCCACAGAUGGAUUUCCUCAGUAAGAACUUUGUGUAUAGAACUCUGCCUUUUGAUGUAUUUGUACGAAGAGCAGCUGAAGUCAACCACCAGGAGUACUUUCUUUCUGAGGAUGAAAAGUACUAUUUGCGAUCAGUGGGUGAAGAUGUUAGGAAGGACAUUGCAGAUAUCAGGAAGCAGUUUCCCGUUUUGGCAAAAGAUGUUCAAAUUCCAGAGUAUUUUGAGAAGGAACAGUUCUUCUCUAGUGUCUUCCGCAUCAGCUCAGCUGGAUUACAGUUAUGGACACAUUAUGAUGUAAUGGAUAACUUCUUAAUCCAAGUCACAGGGAAAAAACGAGUUGUUUUGUACAGUCCUCGGGAUGCACCAUAUUUAUAUUUAUCAGGUACUAAAUCAGAGGUGCUGGAUGUGGAUAACCCAGACAUGGAGAAAUAUCCCCUUUUUGUGAAAGCCAAGCGCUAUCAAUGUCUUCUGGAAGCUGGAGAUGUGUUAUUUAUUCCAGCUCUGGCACUGUGAGGCGUGUGAUCUGAUGAGAAUUUUGGAUGGUAGAGUUACUGGACCUUCUAGAAAUUUCUAAUCCUCUCUGGGGAACGGAAAGACAAGUCCUUAUCACUUUUCUGAACAAGCAGAAAACAGAAAGCUCCUUCCUGGGCUGAGAUGACAGAUUCUGGUAAUCAGGGAAAAGCAUUUGAAUUACUCCUAUUGAACUACUACUUGUUUCUGAUUUUAUUUUAACUCUUCAUGAGUUUGUGGCAGAUACUUACUCUGUCACUUUUAUAUUAUCUGGGCAAUAUAAACAGGUCAGUAAACAAAAAGGCAGUAGGUUUUUAGGAAGUUAUUUUAAAAUAGUUUCUUAGCCUUGGACUUGUUACUUAGUUUUGAACUUACCAUUUGUUUCUCUUCCUAAAGAAACUUUUGGUUACACUUAGAUAAUGGUGUGUCACACUGUUGCUGUGUUAGCAGGUUCGGAAGAGGGGCUUCUCCUGUCUUCUCCAUAAUAACCACACACAUUUCUCAAAAAGCAUCUUUUUUCAGUGAUACACAUUCCAGGUUGCUGACGAAGUCUUACCUUCAUCCCACACAUGCUUUUAUCAUUUGCUUACCUUUGAGUAUCUCUAUACUUCAGCAAGUGUUGCUUUCAUGCAAAGUUAUGGAUUGACGUAAACGUCUUGAGGAACUUCUUAACUUUGGUACAAUGCAAUAUAUUCAGGGAUGAAUAUUAAUAAAUAAACAAAAAAUAUGGUAGUUGAGGCUCUUCCUCAACUAGGUUUAGUUUGGGCGAUUCUGACACUUGUUAUGAGUCACAUGGAAGUUUUGGAUAGUAAUUUUUAUUUUAGACAUUCUUCU